AUGGACGGCGGUGACCUGGCCUUCUACGAGGACGCCGUGCUCCAUUACGAGGAGGAGGAAGUGAAGGAUAGCGCACCGCAGGCCACCCUCAAGUUGCUCGGUGACUUCCCGGAGCCCCUCACCGAGCCUCAACGACGCGCUGUCCAGCGCCACGUCUCGCAGAAAGUCCGCGAGUACGAGGUGGUGCGGUACCAGGUGGCGGUUGUGGAGCGGGGGUAUUUGGCGCUGCUGCGCCUCGUGAAGCGACUGCGACGGGAGGCGGCAGACCUUGCAGCGAGCCUCGCCGAGGGAGGAAACAAGACGGAGGCGUCGGCCUCCACGACUGCUGUGUCCGUCCCACGAGCGCGUGCGACACUGCCCGCUGCCCCCACCGCUGCUGAGAAGCCAACGACUACAGUCGUCGCAGCGGAAACAUCGGCCGCCGCCGCCACGAAGGAGGGAGCCACGGCCCCGAAGCGCCGCCCAGGCGGGUUGCUGCUUCGCUCCUCCGUCUUCAGCGGCCUCCAACGGGUGCUUCAGGCGGCGAAGACGGAGCAGCUCGAUGAAAAGGCGGAGCAGCUGGCGAGGCAGCGUGAGAAGAUCGCGCGCGAGUCCCGCCUUCACCUUGUCAGCCAGGACCUGGAGGCACAGGAAGCGCUGCUGGUGCCGCUGCAACGCAAGUACGCACGCGCCGUUUCCCUGGGCGCGGCCGCAGCAGAGGAGGUCACGCCGCUGUUGACGCUGCUGGAGGACAUGUGGCGGCUCGAGGCGCUCUACCCCUCUCGCUUCUCCAUGGCUGCCAGAGGCACACUGCAGCCCCUCCUAGGCGACGGCACAUAUGCAGAAGGGGAGGGUGACAAGGCGGAAGAGGAGUCGGUGGCCAGCACAGACGACGCCGUGGGUCGCGCGGCAGCGCACUCCGCAGCUGCCGUGCCAUUUUUGGUGCCCUUCACCCCUGCUCAGUAUACCGCCGACAUCGAGGACCUCGUGCGUGCCCAAGUGGAAGUGGUGAUCGACGAGUAUCUAGCCUACCGCACCCGUAUGGACCCGGUGCUUUACCAGCUAGAGCACUCGCACCAGCUGGCCAAGGCAAAGAAAGUGGAUCAGCUCAUGGACGCCAUCGGCAUUGCUGGUGCGGAGACUGGCACAGAGGUGCUACCAAUCGGCGGCGCAGCCGCCGUGCUGAAAGCUGAGCGCGCCGGUGUGUCGGUCAAGACGCUGCAGCACAUGAUGGACAUCUCGUCCGAUGACGAGGAUGACGACCAGGCCGAGGCAGGCGUACCGAUUGGCGGCGAUGCUGCCGACGCGGACCGCCACGACAGAGAGCAGAUUCAGACGGCGCUGACAGCGCUCGAUGACUUCGAAGACGCCUAA